AGUUCGUGAAAUGAAAACUGCUCGAGGCCUGAAUAUUUCAUUAACACAAGUGAAAACUCACUGUAAUGAUAUUGUAUUUAUCGAUUUACACCUGGUGAUAAUUUACAUGUCGUGGAGCUUAAACCUUUCGAAUUUAUGGCCAAGAAGUAUUUCACAGAAGUCUAGUUUCACACUUUGUCUAGAUAAAAUAACGAACCUUAAUUUACAGCUUUUAAUGGAUCUAUAUUUACAUUAAAUUCAUUUUACAUUAUUUUCAGUUUCUUUUGGUGAAAGAAUCCGGGAAAUCCCUUAAUAUGUAAUGCCUUUCAGUUUCGAAAUGUUAAGAACAAAACGCUUAUAAUUUCCUAAAGUGAUAAAACUUAAACCGGUUUUUAAAACGUUGCUCUAUAUUCUGAAGAAAUCAUUUAAGAUGGCGUAGACCAUGAGCUUUAAAAGAGAUCAAACAGUGCUCCUAGCCUUAUUCUUAACAAGCUUUUUUAUUAUGAUUCAAGCAAAGAAGAGCUGCGACAGAAGUUCACUGACUCAGAAACUACGGCGAUACUCUGUAGAUCAUGUGAAAAUAACGAAAGAAGACACAGACCGGGCAAAGCGACUAGUUGACAGUUACAUCAAGAAUGAAAUCCUGCAAUUUACUUCCAGUAAUUCUCCCCUUGCCAUCAGCAAGCAUGAAUAUACAGGGAGUCUGUAUGAGAGGCUCAAGACAGAAGCAGCUGACGAGGUUGAUGUUAUGGUAGUGUUACAGACAGCCAAGGAAGAAGUGAUCCAACAAGAUUGUGGAGUCCCUGGGUUUGUGCUACUAAAGGCGCAAAAAGAUUCACCUCUUCAAAAAUACAGCAACAUAGAUGGUUUCAUUAUCCCAGAGAAGCUGCGAGCGAGUUGGUUUUAUGGUCUUGUUCAAAAGGCUGUGAAUGAACUCACAGCUAAGAGUCCUGCAUUGCCUGUUGAGCUGGAGGUCCGUGCACAUGGCCCUGCUGUGCAGCUAGACAUCACUGACAAGGAUUCAGGAAAGAAGUUGUCAGCUGAUUUAGUGCCUUCCUUUCAGCUAGGACCCACGGAAUACUUUGUUGCAAAAACGUACACAGGGAAGAAUUUACCAGCUUGUGAUCCCAAGCUUCUCUGGCGGCAGUCCUUCUCACUCAAGGAAAAAGCAAGAUUGCAAGAAAUGGACAAGGAAGAUCACGGCUGUAGGCAUGAACUGCUCAGAAUUGUAAAAACCAUGAUUCGGGCAGAGCCAACUUUUGCCAAAUUGACCAGCUACCAUUUAAAAACAGUUUUUCUACGUUACAAUUCCAAUCCAAAGCUCUCGUGGGGUGCCAACAUGCUGGGAGAGAGAUUUAUCGAAUACCUGGAAGAGCUGUAUGCUGCCGUGGACAGCAAAGUUCUUGAUCAUUUUUGGGUGACAGGAGUUAAUCUGCUGGAUAAUAUACCAAGUAAAACACUGGAGAACAUGGCUGAUCGCUUGCGCCGGAUUUUGGACAAUGAUAAAGAGAGAGAUAAAGUCCUCAAAUGUCAGCCUUCAGGUCAACUGGCUUCAAAUGGCAAGACACCAGAAAGCUGCCCUGUUCCUUCACCAGGAAAGCAGCAGCAGUGUCCGCCUACCACGUCCCAGACUCCUACAGAUCUCUUGCAGCUUCUGCGAAGACUCCUGGACAAUCUGGGUGCAACUCUUAGUAAAGAGAUCAAGUGGUCAAAGGAGGUGGUUGACCAGAGUUUGAAGGAUGGGGUGCUUAAAUACUGCCAGGAAAAUUCUGAUCUGGUCAGCAGGUUUGAAUACGGUGGAAGUUUGUAUGAGAAUUUGAAAACCAUAGGCCCUGAUGACGGUGAUGCUAUCAUUCUUGUUGCCUUGAAAGCAAAAAAAGGUUUCAUUUCCUCUGAUGUGAACGAGACUGGUUAUGCAGUCAUCAAGUCAUUAGAAAAUUCCCCUUACAAAGCGUUUUCCAAUGAAGAUGGCUUUCUCAUGCCAAUGAAAUUCAAAAACUGGCUUUUGAAACUAGUCAACUCUGCUGUGAAGAGUAUCAGCAAGGAUGAAGUGUCAUUUGUGGGUUUAAAAGUUUCCAGCUGCAGUGCAGGUGUUAAAGUUCAGAUUCAUGAGCAGUCUAAGGUAUUAGAGGUUCAGCUUGUCCCGGCAUUUCAACUUGGCAGUGAUCACUUUGUCCCUCCUCCAAGUCAGCAUGGGUAUCUUCCACAGGGUGUGGUCCAUGAUACAGCGUGGAGCAAGUCCUACACCUUGACACAGAAGAUGCUGCUCAAAGACAUGGACAAAGAUCAUGGCUGUCGCCACGACUUAUUCAAGGUGGUUGACACAGUCCUCCAUCGAGAACCAACAUUUUCCAGUUUAACAUCUUUUCACCUCAAGAUGGCUCUGCUCUGGUACAACAAAACAACCGAUGACUGGCGCAAAGAUGACUUAGCAGACAGGUUUACCGAGUUUGUUACUUUUUUACGAGAUGCACUUCAGCAGAAAGUCCUUAAGCACUUCUGGAUCAAGGAUCUUAACCUGCUGAUGGAUAUAUCACCCACUACACUUGGGAACAUGCAUACCAGACUGUCAACUAUCCUGAACAGUGAGCAAAAGAGAACAAAAGUGUUGACACUAGAAACAUAAAGAGGGGAAGAGCUGCUAGCAGUCUACUUCUAAUGAAAGGAAGAAGCCAAGAUUGAGACGGUAAACAGCCAGUCAACUCUUUUCUAAUAGAAACUUUGCUAUAGUGUAGAACGCACUGGAUGCGUCCCUCAGGAGGUGGAACACCAUUAUGUAAUGAACCCAAUGAUCAUGGCAGAGGUCUCCAGUGUAAUAAACUGUAUUUCUUCAGCCACACCAAAAAAUUAUAAUAAUUAACAGUUUACUGUAACAUAUUAGGCACAGAACCCCAGUAUAACAAUUAAACUUCUGUUAUAAUGAACGCAAUCUCCCAGUUUUAUCUUUAGGGUUUCAUUGUAUGAUAUCAUUUAGUAGUGGAUAGUUACUUAAAAGAAGUUACAAAUUGAACUGAUAACCUUCCCACUACUGUAGUAUGUAGGUCAUAUGCUUUGACCCCUGUGAGAAAAACUAGGAAUUUUUUUUCUGAAUGGCUGACUGAUUAAUAUUGUCAGGCCUUGUAAAUCUAGGAAUACACUGCCACUGUUUAACACAGAUCAAGCCACUAUCACAAUCUUGAACAAAACAACUGUUAAACUGGGGCAGAUCUGGGGGGGUCGGAGGGUUUGGUUGAACCCCGUAAAUUAAAAAAAGGAGACAUUAUAACAUGCUGACUUGGCCUCAGAAUGCCAGAAAUCCCAUUUCCAAGGACCUCAAUUUUAAAAAUUUUCCAGGCAAGAAUACCCCUGGACCCCCUGCCCCCCUACAGGGGACUGCCUUUAUUAGUCCGUACUUGUAUCUCAAACCCCCUUCUCUAACAUCCUCUAUCCGCCCCAGGUUAGACUAUUGUUCACAUAGUAGCUAAGCAAUAAUUUUUGUUGCUUGAAACUUACAGCUUCAAACCUAUCAAACAAACUAUUGUUUAUAACUGUAACUUGAAAGUUGAAAUAUUAAGACUGUACUUUAAAAUUGAGACAACCUGCUUCAAGGAAAUUAGAAGUCUUGUAUGUUGAAUAUUUUAUCUAUUUUGUUGCUAGUAAAUAAAAGACAGUCAUAUCGUA